AUGUCGCGAAAUAUAUAUGAGGAUCAGGGGAAAAUGCCCAAUCUACUGUGGAAGUUGGUGCAGAACAUUACAAAGAGGAAAGAGGAUGAAAUUGGGCCAUACUUCCAGCAUGCUCUGCGUGUUGUAGGAAGUGGUCUGGCACCAUCUAUAGAAACUGAUGAAUUUCUAGUUGUUGAAAAGAUCAAGAAGAAAUUGGUAAGACAAAGAAGAACUCAGGACGCAGCUGUAUUUGCAGAGUUACACAGGAAACUACAAUCACAGGGAGUGCUAAAAAACAGGUGGUCAAUACUAUAUCUUCUGUAUGAACUCAGUCAAGAUCCCACAAAAGUUAAUAGGAGUACAGAAGGCGUGGCGUUAUUUGGCCAUGGUCUUCCAGCAUUAGCUGCAUCAACCCCACAUGGUGCUACACUUUUAUCAGUUGGUUCUAUGAGUAUGAGUAGUGGCAUAGGCAGUGGUAUCAGUAGUAUCUUCGCACCUACUCCUGCAUCCUUACCUUCAAGCUAUGCAUCAACCCCUGGUCUUUUACCAGCCAGUCAGCUUGGUAGUCGCUUUGUCAACUCAUUAUCAUCAACAAGUAAUAAACCAGCUAUACGAGAGAGCAGAAACAACGAUAACAGACGCCAGUUAGUUCCUGUCGGGGAUGAAAAUACUUCCUUUGAGGUAUCUGAGUGUGUUCUGAUACGUGAUAUAAUCAAUGCAUUGCAAGGCUUUGAGGGAAAAUUUUUAGUAAAAGACAGCAGCGGACAAGGAUUUAACCUUGAUCCCAGUAUUGGAAUUCUGAGACCAUUUCGUGACAUGGUAAAGAAACUGAGCACACUAGGAUGGUUAUAUAUGAAA